GGCGAAUUGAAUAUUGACAUCGGCGCCCUUCGCACUAGUUGACCAGGGUAAGACCUAGACCGAAUCAGUGAGACCACUUAAUGCAGUCAUACACGGGAACUAUUUUGAAAUCGUUAUCAUCUGACUAGUGUUGAAAAAUCGUUUCAUGGAAUUGCGAAAUCCACAGGAAUAGAAGGAUUUCAUCUUCAAGGAAGUUUUGCUCGGUCAAUAGAGUGUAUACACCGCCAUGCUCCUCUUCCUUGGCUGGCUACCUCGUACAGGGACAGUAACAACUGCUCAGAGGAAGCGUUUCGUCCCAUACUUGAGCCCCCGAAGUUGUUGGUCGUUGCUCUGGUUGGUUGCCAGAAGAUCAAGCCUCGGGCCUAGUUACUACCACGUGAUCUAGCUACACGUGAUGAAUAUUAUGUCAUCAUAUUUUCUAACCUCCAAGUUGAUGAACUACGUCCAGGUUGCGGUCGACGGUGAAGCAGCAGCCUCGAAAGCAACGGCAAUUGGCCCCUCCUCGACGAAACCAGAGGCUACUCUGUUAUUAUUUGUGAUAAUUGAAAUCCUGCUGAUUUCUUGUGGCCCUUUUCUGGGAUCCGUGACGCAUACAAGGUGAGCAUAUUCCUACCAUGGAAAAUUACAACACGGCCACUUCUCGAGAAUUGUCUAGUUUGCGCAAAUUGGGAUCGAAUACUGACCUCCAAAAGCCAUGGGAGCAGGCACUUCGAAACCGGCGGACUCGGAGAAAGGGGGGAAGCAUGUGUUUAGCAGUAACUCACCUGUUCAAUUCUCCCAAGUCCUUGUCGAGUCGCUGCAAUCAAGCUCAGAGACCGAUGCUUCGCGCUCCCAAUCGCUAGAGCUUCAUAUCCAAGCCCGUGUUGCCGAGGAGCUGAACCGCAUCCGUGAGCGUGAGACACAAACUCUCGCCGAUAUCGAAAAGAGAAUAGCAGCUUCAUAUCCAUCUGAGGGACCCGCAACAGCCAAAAGCAACAUUUCUACUCUUGCUAGCCAGCCACUAUCCCUCGAGUCUCCUCGAGUCCCAUUUGCCGGCACCGAAUUCGACCGUGUUCCGGCCACCUCUGCGCCUGCGGAAAGCAGUGAUGAAGCUGCUGCAAUUAAUCCCAAGAUGAUAAGCAGCGGAAGGGUUGCUAAGGAAAUUGAGGCAUUGCGAGAAUCACUGGCCUCCAGGCCUACGAUCCGAAAACUUGACCCCGAACUUGAAACUGCAAGGGAGGGAGUUGUGAAAUGCCUGCGUGAUAACCAGAAGCGACCGUUAGACUGCUGGCAAGAGGUGGAUACUUUCAAGCGCGAAGUUGCAAGGCUAGAAAAGGAAUGGGUCCAAAAAAUGAUAAGCUGAGAGAGCCUGGUAUGAGCCAACAAUUUGGGUAGAGUAUCUGAGCCUUGAGGAAGAAAAACUAUAUUGUAACGCCAUCAUUAGACAGUUUCUUAGCAUGUGUACCAUAGCAACAGUAGGUGGAAAUGGGAGAAGUGCAUAAUCUACUGCGUUGCCUCUUGAUAUAUAGCUACGAUGCAGCGAGCGUAAUGCAGUUCUGAUAUAUGUACCCAGUACGUUCAGGCAACCUCCCACCGUCCUAGUCUUCCAACACUCUCCCCAGCAGCUCUAAUAAUACAUAUGUUCAUGAGCCUACCUUCUUGGUGGUCUUUAUCAGUUGAGGGAACACUAGACUCAUCUAGGGUUCUGUGAGAAAUUAUCCUAUUGACCAAUAUGGCACCAAUACCCGUUCCCUUUCCUGCGGCAAGAUUAAAAUUGCCCGAGGUCACAAAGCCCAGCAAGUCCUCUUCCUGUGGAAUUGGUAAAUGUGCUUGUUCCUCAGAGUUGUUCCUUGUCCUCCUUAAUGGUUUCUCUGAUUGAUUUAAGAGGGAAAGCCAUUUUGAUCGAAGCUCUAGAUCUGAGGUUGGGAGACGGUAUAUUCGCGAACGUCGCAUAGGAGUCCCUCGAUUCAAGAGAGUGAUGGAAACAGUUGCAAGUGCAGGCUUCUGAUAGAGAGAUUCCAUUGAGGCAGGAAGCUGGUUUGAUUUUUGCAAGUUCGAUAUUAUGGCAGAAACAGUCAAGGGGUCAAGUUGGAUGAGAUCUGGAGGCAUAAUCAGAUCCGCUUCAACUGUUUUUGAUCUACCUGGUUGGUUAUGUCUCUCUCCUGGCGCAGUCAUUGAGGCAGGCCCUGAGAGUAGGCGUUCCCAGUCGCAAGCCCAACCUUGACCAAUUUCACCACCUUUCCCAGUCCCAAGAUCAACGCUGCUAUAUUCCACUCGCUUUGCUUUGGGCUUACGCUCCCAGGCUUCCCUCUCUCUUUUUCUCUCACGGAUCUCCCAUUCCCACCCAGCUCUGGUUCCAGGGAAGUCACCUGGAAACCACGGUUUCUUUGACUCAAAUGCAAGCUGUUGCUGUUCCUGUAUUCCGCCAAACCGGGGAUUUCCUCCGGAAGAAAGGGGGUAGUAGAGCAGGUAAUACCAAACUGGAGUCACGCACUUCCAUGGUAGUAAAACUGUCCAGGAGCCUUGUGAGUUGAAAUUCUUUGAGGUAUUAUUAGACGCAAUGAGGAUUAUGGGAAUGUUUGGGUCAGUUGAUUUCGGGGGAACAUUUUCUCCUGGGCUAGCUUCGGAUUUUCUUCUAUUAAUUGCCUUUUGCGACGGUAGCUGCCAACAAGCCUUGCGUCUGGCAG